GGACAUGAAAAUGACAGUUAGUAAUUUCAUUUCAAGAGAUAUGUCAUAAUCAGAUUAUUUAGUAUCAAAUUUGUAUUAAAUGAUGAAACACAUGAUUAAGUAAAAAAUAUGUGUCGUACGUAAGGAGAAUUUGAACAAGUGUUUUUAUUUUUCUAAUCGUACUGGAAUUUAGAAUUAAGUGUUUGAUGUUGUGAAAAUGGACAUUGCAAUAGACUUUAUUGAACCUCGUGGAAUUGUCGAAACAUCUACAGUGAGAAAUGAUCUGCAAACGGAAAAACUUAAAAGUUAUGCAGAUGAAUUAAAAAUAAGGAAGGAAGAAAAGUUGAAACGUAAGGAGCAAAAAAAGAAAGACAGAAAAGAAAAGAAAUCAGAAAAAGCUGAAAGAAAAAAAGAAGAAAAACAAUUACGAAAAAAUGGAAAACUCGAUAACACAGAAAUUGAUGUCAGUUUUACAACUAUUAAGCAUUCACCGGAUGAAAACAUUUCCUUUUUAGGGUCACAGAAUUUAGGAAAUGACACUAUCUCGGAAAUACCAAGUGCAAAUCUUCCUUCUAAAGAAUUUUCGGAUAAUGUGAAAAAUGUGAAGAUAAAUAAAAAAGAUGGAGUACACAUUAUUUCACAGGAAUAUGUGAAGAAUUUAAUUAAAAAUGCACUAGAAGCUAGAGAAAAUAGUCCGGAAGCAAAAUUAUCGAAACCUAUUCCAUUGUCUAUUGUGACUUCAACUAAACCGAAUAUGCUACUGUCUACUAUAAAGUCCACAACAACUACUGGUCCAAUAGCAACAUCGGAUAAAUUAAUGACAAACGUUCUGAAUGAACCUCAAGUGAGUCCAACAACUUCUGAGUUUACAACAAGAGAAAGCAAUCAACAAACAACAGAAAGUACAACCACAAAAGACAGAGUAACACAAGCGUUUUCAACAUUGUUACCAAAGAUUGAUAAUCAAACAUCAAAGCCAAUAGCUAUUUCGACAACAGAAAGAACACAGCAUACUAUUCCACGAGCAGAAAUUGAAACAAAGACGGAACAAUCUUCUGAAACAAAAACAAGAGAAUUCACCACUGUAAAAUCAAUAGAAGAUGCCGCAAUUACAACUCCAGAACUGACAACGAUCAAAUCAACGGAAGUAGAAAACCAACCGAAAAUAAUAACAACAAAUGUAACCAAAACAUCGACAACUAUCGAAACAACAACGGAAAUGAAAACACUACCUGAAAUAAAAACAAUAAAUGUAACAAAACAAACGACAAAUGUCGAAACGAUAACUAUUUUACCUUCUACUGUCUCACAAGAAUUAGGAAGUACUAUUAAUAACACUUCUUCAACAUUCACUGCAAAAAAUGUAGACACGAAAGUCCCGGAUGAUGAACUCGAUAUAAAAGAAUCCAGUAAUACAAUAAUGAUCAAUAUGCCAGAAGAAGCACAUUCUGGUUCUGGUUCAGUGUUUAUUCAAGAAAAUAAAAACUCUAAUUCAACUAAAGCAGAUGAUAUUGAUAUUAUCAUAUUUCCAUCUACAAGAGCAGAUAAAAGGAGAAGAAAGCAAGAGAGAAGAAGAUUUUGCUCUAACAUUGAUUUCGAAGGUGCCAAGAAAGGAUUUCAAUGUUGCAAGAAAACGUUGAAUUGCUUUGAUGAACUACCAGACGAUCUCGAUGAGACAGUUUUCCAUAAUGGCCAACGUCAAUAUAAUGAAGCAGAAAGACUCCAUGUUUGUCACCAUAUUGACGAAGCCCUAAUUUGUCAGGGUGAUGUGUUUACUAGAACAGUCUGUAAAGAUGUCAAUCCAAUUAUGGAAGGCAAGAUCAAACCACAGCUGGAUAAAGUCAAGUUGUUUUAUUACAAUCAUUGUAACAGAGGUACUGCGAUAACACCAACAGGAGGAUAUCCUUCACAUAAACCACACCCACACCCACAUGUCCCACCCACGGUGCCGGGAGGAACAGGAUCAGAACAGUAUCAUAGUCACACAAACUCAUACGCUCCUUAUAUUGGAGGAGCCAUUAUGGGUGUGUUUGCUCUAGUUAUUAUCGUCUUAUUUGCUAUCUAUUGCAGAAAGCGGGUUAACAAAAGAAAAAGAAACAAAGAACAGAGAAAUGACCCCGGACGUGAAUCUACCCAGUCCUCCAGAUAUAAGACGGUCAGUUACAACAGACGGAAGUCAGAUGUAUAUGCUGAAAUUGAUGAGAAAAGUAUGAUUUCGUCUGUGAGUUAUAAUAUUGAUGGACAUUCCUGUUCCACAGACGUCACCAAUCUUAAUCAUUCGAAUACCAGUAGUUUUUCUAGGAAAUAUCAAAGUGCUCCUAGUAUUCGACAAUUAGAGCUUGAUAACCAUGGCUACCUUUCACCAGAGUCAAUCCUACCAGCGGAUGUAAUGAAAACGAAUAUAGAAGACGAAAACACGUCCACGCAUGGGUAUAUCGAACUGAAUUCUGAACUGGGAGAUAGUGGACAGUCAUAUGCUAAACUUGAACCGGAACCGGAAGACGAGUACAUUCAAGCAGACGAAAUAGAAAGUACUCCAAACAAGAAAAAGAAACCAGAUGAGCAAGGUCACAUGUACUUUGUUCUAGAAAAGGAAAAUGAAGAAUAUGACAAAGUCCUGGAUCAGUGAAUCUUAAAGUUAUUUUGUUUGACUGUCUCAUUGUAGAUUAUGAUAGAGUUGUACAUACUAGUAGUUAUUUAAGGUAAUUCUGUGAUAAAUAUGAAUGUUCUGAAAUCGAUAUAUAUUGACAAUGUCAAGAGCUGGUUUUUGAGUAGCACAAAGGAGUGGCAUAUAAUGAUACAUGUAGGUAAAAGUUGGAUAAAAAUGUGAUAUUUUUGCGUAAACAGUUCGGUAUUAAUUUUAUAUACAUUUAUAACAUUCGCUUGGUGCUUAACUAUGGUAUCAAAAGCUACAGACCUGCGCAUAAGUUUUUUUUUAUUAAGCGUUGUUUACUAAUUUGUAUAUGAUGACGAUGGUUAGAUUAUUAAAGACAUAAUUUUACAAAAAUGUUUGAUUACUCAUUUUUGAAAACUAUAUCACUGCAUUUGGAGUGCUCAAUAUUAUUUUAGUCUUAUCCUGUAUUUAUGUUUUUAUAGUCCGUCGUUUGUUUUAUCAGAGACUUAUAAUAGUAUAUGUCUCUGCUUUUUAAUUUUUUGAUAUAAUAAUAUUUUUUUGGCAAAAUAGAACCAUAUGGUUCAAGAAAAAACAAAUACGAACAUAUCUUAUACAGAUAGUGAAACAUUACAAAUAUAAACAUUAAAUAUUUUGUUAUAAAUUUCAAUAUAAUCUUUGCUAUGAUGGACACGGACCUCAUUUUCGCAAGUCUUAAGAUAUUCUACAGACAUAUAUGUUUGUGAAGGUCUAUUUU